AUGAUGGAUGUCCAGAACUACACCACAGUCAUUGACAGCGGCUUUCUGGACGAGGCGCCUCCAAGCAGAGUUUUAACCGGAUGUUUUUUGUCCUUGCUCAUCCUCACCACUUUGCUGGGUAACACCUUGGUCUGUGCCGCCGUUACAAAGUUCCGUCACUUGCGCACCAAAGUCACCAACUACUUUGUGAUCUCUCUGGCCGUGUCUGACCUGCUCGUGGCCAUUCUGGUGAUGCCCUGGAAAGCCGUGGCGGAGAUUGCCGGGUUUUGGCCCUUCGGCUCGUUCUGUGACACCUGGGUGGCUUUUGACAUUAUGUGCUCCACGGCGUCCAUUUUGAACUUGUGCGUGAUUAGUCUUGACCGCUAUUGGGCCAUUUCCAGUCCCUUCCGCUACGAGAGGAAGAUGACACCGAAAGUGGCCUAUGUAAUGAUCAGCGUUGCCUGGACACUGUCUGUUCUAAUUUCCUUCAUCCCAGUACAACUGAACUGGCACAAGGCCCAGACUCAAUCCUACACCUCUCUUUCAAAUGGUACUUCUGUCCAAGCCCCAGAAAACUGUGACUCGAGCCUAAACAGGACCUAUGCCAUCUCCACCUCGCUAAUUAGCUUUUAUAUUCCUGUCAUAAUCAUGAUCAUCACAUACACCCAAAUCUAUCGUAUUGCACACAGGCAGAUACGGAGGAUUUCGGCACUGGAGAGAGCCGCAGAAAGUGCCAAAAACCGGCAUGACAGCAUGGGUCGUGGCUCCAGCAUCACAGAAUCUGAGAGCUCCUUUAAAGUGACUUUUAAAAAGGAGACCAAAGUGCUAAAAACCCUCUCAGUCAUUAUGGGAGUGUUUGUGUGCUGCUGGCUACCGUUUUUUAUCCUGAACUGCAUGGUGCCCUUCUGUGAGAAGUCAAGCGAAGGAGUGGAGGCGUUCCCCUGCAUCAGCCCCACCACCUUCGAUGUGUUUGUGUGGUUUGGCUGGGCCAACUCCUCUCUCAACCCCAUCAUAUAUGCCUUCAACGCUGACUUCCGCAAGGCUUUUGCCAUACUGCUGGGCUGCCAUAAACUACAUCCAGGAGCCAACAACAUAGAGUCAGUCAGCCUAAACAAGAAGUGA